UGUCUAAUCUGCACGUGUAGACAAGUAAAGUGCUUUAUUGAUUGUUGAAAGGACGGGUUUACAUUUGUGCAUGAGUCAAAGGAGUGAAACUAAUCAAAUAAGAUAAUCUAACCUAGAUUUCGUUUUAAUUUGGAGAUCAAAUGAUUUAAGGCUAACACAUUAAUGAUGAAAGAUAAAAUUACCCACUUCCUUUAAAUCAGACCUUUUAACAUGGAUAUGUCACCAAAACGGAAUGAAGUACAUACAGUUGUUGACGGUAGUAACUCUCGUGAGUCUAGGUCAGACGACCACUUUAUGUUCUGACAACCAAGUUUAUCACUCAAAUGGGAAAUGUUGUCAAUACGUACGCUGUGAACCCCAGCACUUAGUGAAAGUCUGUGAGAGUAACGGAGAAGCAGAUGUCUGUGUACCCUGUCCCGAGGGUACCUACCUUGACGAUCGCACGGACAGCAACUUCAUAUUUGACUGUCUAGAGAAAAACUGUGGUGAAGAUACAGUGCCGUCAGAUUAUCCAGCAACCAAAUUUGACAAUACAGCUUGCCCCAAACGAUGUCGAUGUAAUACUGCAAAGAAUUAUUGCGGCACAGAUCCGUGCCGAUGUCAAUACCAUUUAUGUGUCCACCCCGAGGAAGAGCUCCAGGAAAACUGUACCUGUAUCAGGAAAGAAAAACGAAAGCACAGCACAAAGCUGACACUAUCCACCACAUUCUCAACUAAUGAAGAUGGACAGGUUUCUCAACAUCCACCCGGUUCUACAAUACAUUCUACCUCCUCUAAAAUACCAAAUAUAGCAAAUGAUACCAAUGAUGACAGGAACGAUAAGGAGAAAGAGAUCAUAACACCAAAAUGGAUGGAAAAUCAUCCUAGAAGUAAAGAACCAAGUUUCCAAUAUUGGAUAAGCAUCCCUGUCAUUGUUAUUUUGGCUGUUGUGUUUCUUGCCAGUUUUACGUACAUGUACGUACGUUACAGCAGAAGAAGGGGAAAGGAAUCUAAUGUAACAUAUUCAUAUCACAGUGUUCAUAAUCAUCAAACAGUUAAUACCUAUGAGCGUUGCAAUGUCCAAAUAGGAAACAAGAACACUCUUAAUGUGUGUGACAUGGGCGAAAAUGUCGGUAGCGAACCUUCUGAAUGAUAUAUAUAUUCAAUGGGUGUAUUACAACAGUUUUGUUUUCCUCAUCAAAGAUUUGUACAGGUGUAAAGGACAGAAGACAUGUGAUUUACAUGACACAUUGUGUAAUUAUAAAUUCAGCAGGAAAUAGUUCAAGAAAUGUUUUCAUAUUUAAUAUGUUCAUAGAAAGUGAAUAAUUUUAUAUGCACUUUGCAAUAUAAGAAGAAUGUAACUACAUAAGUUUCAAAUUAAAGUUUUUGAUAUAACUUCAUUAUAUUUUAAAAUUUUAGUUUUAAUUUUUUUUUCAUAAAUUCAAUCUAUGUGGAAGGAUGUUGAUUCAUACAUAGAAUUUUUGUUAUGA